GAAGAAGGGAUAAAUUCUAAAUAAAAAAAAUAUUGUAUUUUUCAAUAGGAUCAUAUUUACAAAGAUGGUUAAGAUAGGCAUUUGAACAUCAGUGUGAUGAGGAGAUUUGAGGAAAAAGGGAAUUUCUAUUGCAGAAUUCUUAUAUGCUAAGUUGAAACAAAGUGACCAAAGGGGAGGGGGCAGCCAAGGCCAGAAUCAACACACUUAUGUAACCAUACACCGUGCAGAGACAGAGAGAAAUGUAAGGUGUCAAGUGUAGGCAAGUCUAGGUGGUGCAAACGUGAAUAGAUUGUUCCAUGCUAUAGGCUGUCAACGGAGCGACUGCAGGAGAUGGAACCAGAGGGGAGACCCAAGCUCUUUGACUUUGAAGGAAUAUCGAUGAUAAACUACUUCACAGAUAACUGGGAGAAAGUUCAAAACUUUCGUGCUCGGCCGGACGAUAUCAUCAUCGCUACAUAUCCCAAGGCAGGCACAACAUGGGUGUCCUGUAUCCUCGAUUUGCUGUACUUUGGCAAAAACAUGCCAGAGAGACAGACCACUCUGCCUAUCUAUGAGAGAGUACCAUUCUUGGAGAUUGCUGUUCCUCAAAUAGAUAAAGGAACAGAGUUGGCUGAUAAGCUAUCUACUUCUCCUCGGCUUAUUAAAACACACCUUCCUGUCCAGCUGGUUCCCAAAGGAUUCUGGGAGCAGAACUGCAGGAUGGUGUACGUGGGCCGUAAUGCUAAAGACAACGCCGUCUCCUACUUCCACUUUGAUCGCAUGAACAUGGUGCAGCCAGAGCCUGGAGACUGGAACAGCUACAUUGAGAAAUUCAUGGAGGGGAAAACUGUGUUUGGGCCCUGGUAUGACCAUGUGACUGGCUGGUGGGAGAAGAAGCAAACCUACUCCAAUAUGCAUUACAUGUUCUAUGAAGAUCUAAUUGAGGACACUGGUCGUGAGAUAGAGCGCCUCUGCUCCUUCUUGGGUUUGUCCGCCACAAUAGAGGAGAGAGAGAGCAUCAGGGGAGGAGUGCAGUUUGACGCCAUGAAGGCGAACCCCAUGGCCAACUACUCCACCAUCCCCGUGAUGGACUUUAAAAUAUCGCCCUUCAUGCGCAAAGGGAAGGUUGGUGACUGGAAGAACCAUUUCACUGUGGCUCAGAACGAGAAGUUUGACGAGCACUACGAGCAAAGGAUGGAGAACAGCUCGUUGGUAUUCCGCACACAAAUCUAACGUCAGGAAAGAAGGGCACUCGGAGGACAGUUCAAUCAGUCUCAAAAGUCCGCUGUUCUGUCUGUAAUGAAAUGUCGUUUAAUCCAAUAAUAUCCUGCAGAUCUUUGUGUGCCUCGGUGUACGUCCAGUUAAUUCACCCGGCUCAGUUACUGAGACUGCAGAAACAGGCUAAAGCAGUGUGAGUUUCUAUAGAGCUCAUGGUCAUAAGGGAUCAAAGUGCCAAGAGUCCUCUCAGAAUCAGUCAUCCCUCAAAGGAAAUGAGCAGAAUAUUUUUUUAUUUUUAUAAAAAUAUUUUUUACUAACAAUAUAGCAACAGAGUAUAUUUUUUUGCUAUGGAAUUCUAACCUACUGUAGUAUGGCAUGUUAACAUCAACAGUAAUAGUCUUAUUCGUAAAUGAAGGAUCACAUACUAUAUGACAGAUAUACUAUUCCAGUGGUCAUUUUAGUCUUGAUUGUACAAUACUAUCCAACAAUCAUUAUACAGUAUAUAUAUAUAUAAUUCAGAUCUUUCUUCAUUUUAUUCAUUACACUAAUCCUGCUGCUGACUGAGACAAUAUGUAUUUUCCAAAACUGCAAUGCAGUGCUAAUUGGUUGACAAUGCCUCUUAGACUUCCAACACUCAGGACCAUUUUUUGGAUAAUGUAUUAUGAACAGCUACUUUAUUAUGAAUGAAAUUACAUUUAUUUUAAAGCCAGUACUAUUGCUUUGUCUUGCUAUGUAUGUUCACUUAGUCUUGAAGACCCACAUAAUAGAAACAAGAUUACAUUUAGUGUAAAUCAUGCAUAGCAAAUUAUCAUAAACAAUAUUACAAACUUUAUUGUAGAACAAACACACAAUUAAGUUCAUUAGCCUUUUUGUACAAAACGGUUAUAAAAAUGUAAGUAACUUUGGUCUGAGCAAACAACUUCAGGAAAGUGGUGUCAUAAACAAUUACAGACAUUAAAAUCAAUACCUCACCAAGACAUUCUGGGAUUGUCUCCUCACUGUUGUGCAAAACUCCAAACUGACUUUUUGUAUGAAGCAAAAAAAGAUCAGUCAGCCAAAACAGAUGAGCUCUCUUCCUUCACUGAAGUAGUACUGUACUGUACUGUACUACUGUAAGUGACCAGUUUUCUGGUUACUUGCGGUAGGCCUACAUUAUACCUGACAAUAAAUGUGGAAUGCACUGACAAGCAAAUCUAAAUAGGUAGCUAAUGCUGAUAAGAACAAACAGAACUCCCAUUCACAGAAUAUAUUGGAUAUCUCUGGCAUUCUCUGUGAAGUGAGACUCAUCGACAUAACAACAUACAUGACUGUGACAUUAAAAAAACAGUUGUGAAUACUUUUAGCAGUAUUAUCCGUGAAUCAUUCAGCAGAUGAUAAUCAUGUCUAUGCUUUUUAACAUCUGUGCACUGUAUUUGUUUCAUAUGAACAGAAAUAAACAAAUGUCAUGUAA